GAACAAGGUUAGGCGGGCGGCCGAGCAGCAUCUCGGCUCGCCCGUCUUUUUCUGUGUUUCGCUGUCCUUUCCGCCACCUCUCGCCUGGGUCAUGGCGUCAUCCGGACUCACGCCAGCGCUUGAGGCAGUCGCCGCCCCCGCGUCGCCUGUUGGGGCGGUUGACUCUGGGGCCUCGCCUGGCGUGGGUCUGGACUUUGGCACGACCUCGGCGCCUACUACGACCGCGCCGGGCGGCCUGGUGGAUUUGGACAGCCUCGACGGGCUGGAGCCAACGCCCCUUGGGGCGUACGCCUCUCCGGGCAUUUUGCCCGCCGAGGCCAUCUCGCCGGGCGGGGCGCCAGGGGACCAUUUCAUCAGGUCCUUCGUCGCUGGCAUGUCGGUGCCCCGCCUGGCCGCCGUGAUUCGGGCCCUGUCGCCUGAGGACGCCGCGAACCUCCGGGCGGCCUUGGUCGAGGCUGACGCCACGCCCGACCAAGACACCGCCGCCGUGGGCGAGGAUCCGUCGACUAUGCCCUGGUCGGCGCCUUCGGCAUCUGGGGCGCCUGGGGCGGACCAGCCCACGACAGAUCCGGGCCCGUCUGCGCCGGAGGGCCCCGGCUGGGACGCUCUCACGUCCUACCUGGCCGAGUUCGACUCCGCCUCAGGGGCGCCUCCGGCGGCUUCGGUUUUGCCCAUUCGGGCGGCGGCAAAGCCCAAGACGGUGGCUAAGGCCCCGCCUCCGCCUUUCCUGGAGCCGGACUCUACCACGCCGCCAGCGCCUACGUCAGGAUCGUCGGCGAAGCCGCCACCGGUUCCUUUCCCGCCGAGGCCGGCGACGUUCAAGAGCACGGGGCCGCUCAGUAUGGCGCCGCAGCCACCGCCGACGCCCGAGGCGGCCAGCAGCUCUACCGCCAGGGCUGUUGUGAAGGCACCCCCGGUGCUGGAGCCAGAGGCGCCGAGCUCCUCUACUACGCCGCCCUCAUCGACGGCGCCUACCUUGGAGCCCACUACGCCGGCGGCUGUGCCGAAGAAGGCCGCCCCGGCGGAGCUCCAGGAAGAGGAGCGGGCCGACGACGCGCAUCGCCGGGAGUUCCUGCGGCGCCAGGCCUUCAUCCGACAGGAGCAGGCCGCCUGA